GACCGACCGAAAGUGACAGAUGAUGUGGCCUAAUCUUUAAUAUUUCAUAAAUUUUAUAAAAGUAAAUAAUAAAAUAUAAUGCCAAAAUGAUUGUGUUUAAAAUAAUUUUAAUUAUGUUAUGUACCUCUUUAUACCAUUGUCGUUUACCCGACAAAGUUUAUUGUGUUAAUCAAGAUUGUUCAUCCCCUAUAUCGAAAGCAAAGACACUAUUAAGUUAUAAUAGUGGUGAAAGUGGAUUUAUAUCUUUCCGUGGGAACUCGGAUGUAUUGGUGUACAUGAAAUCAGCUGGUGCCGAUCCUGAACUGUGGUACGCAAGUAUCAAUGGAAAAAAUGGUUUCGUUAACCCACAGUUCUUACGAGAGAGCAAAAUAUUCGUGAAGUCAUCGGAAUUACUUCAGCUGCCACUAGAAAUUAGGAAGAAAACGCCGGAAGUGCAGCCAGACAAAGUGCAACAACCACAUGAGGUUUUCGAAGGCACAACCAUAUAUACAACGGAAACAACUGUAAGUUCAGCAUAUCAAGAUAGUACAACUGAAGCAUCAACUGUAACCAGUGAUAAUGGGAUUCCACCUUUACUUAAUAUAAAUGAAGUACCAUCAGAACAUGUGAGUACAAUAGUCCAAAAUAUUCCUGACCCAGCAAUAAAUGUGUUAAGUAAUAAUCAAGAUGUUUCACAAGAUAUUCCUGUGGAACAAGAAACUUCAAGCCAUUCAGAUAUUAGUAAUACUGAAAAUAGUAAUGUUUUAGAAAGUGACAGUUCACAGAGUACAGAAGGAAAAAACGCUGUUGAAACCAACAAUGCAAUUGAAAAUUUAAAUACACAACAAUUUAUCAAUGAACUUCCUAAUAAGAAAAUUCCAGAGGAAACUUCUUUGCCUCAAUCAUUCCUAACAUCCGCUGAAAGUGAGUCUUCUAUGAAUAUUGUGGAUGUGCCUGAUAAUGUAGAUUUGUUGAAAAAUACCCUUGCUCCUACAACAGACGAUAAUGAACAAAAUACUUCAACACCUUUGCCUUUGAACAACAUUGAGAAUAAUCUAUUGUCUCUUGAUACUUCUAGUGAAACUAAUAAUAUAGGAAACCCUAUAAAUUCAGGUGAUGUUGAACAUACUCCAAAUGCUAACCAACAUGAUAACAAUUUGGCACAGAACCCAUAUAAUAAUAUAGAUGGCAAUGUAGAAAAUAUGAAUGGUGGUUAUAUUGAUCCACUGCAACCUGUUCCACAUGAUGUGGACACACAAACUGUUGAAAAUUCAAAUUUAGAAUCAGCUUCCAUUCUGAGUACGGAAUUAGCAUCAAAUCUAAAUUUGGAUUCAACAACUGGUCCUAAUUCGGAAUCAACACAUGUUCCUACUGUGGAAUCACAACCUGUUCCAACUGUGGAAUCACCACCUAAUUUAAAUAUAAAUCCACCACCUGAUUCAAAUGUAAACAUACCAACUAAUCUAAAUGUAGAGUUGCCACCUCCAUAUUUGCCAUUACCAUCUGUUGAGAAUGUGGAACAACCACCUGUCUUAAAUGUGGAACCACCAGUGUCUACUGAUAACAGCAAUAUUUUAACAUCAACAGAAAGUACAAUGAAUGAAUACUCUACAGAAUCAGUUCAAACAUCUACAGAACAAACAAUGGAUACAUUUAGCCAAUUAUUUAUUGAUUCCAACACUAUGUCUUCCAUUGACAGUAGUGAAGUUCCCACAGAUAAUGAUUACAGUACUUCCACAAGUCAAUCUGUCCCUUUAGAAGAGUUUUAUGAAUUCAGCACAUCACCUUCAAGUGAAGAUAAAUAUGAAACUACCACACCACCUUCAAGUGAAGAUAACUAUGAAACUACCACACCACCUAUUGAAGAUAUUAAUUCUGAAACAACAACAGAAACUGUAGUUCCCCCAGAUGAUAACACAGAUGGUAUAUUUUCCAGUAUAUAUUCUUCCAUAGCUGGUCUCUGGGCAUCUACAAAAGAGUCUUCACCUUUAGAAAGUAUAUACAAUGUGGAUACUCCACCUGAUUUCGAAAAUAUAGAAACAGAUAAACAAUUUUCUUUUAUGGAUUUUCUUGUGGCAAAAUAUAAAUCUGUUAUAGGGUCUAAUGAUGAAACUCAAGCUAUAUUUGCUUCAAUUGGAGAAACAUGCUACACAAAUGAAUACUGUGAUGGUGCAAGCAAUGACCAGAGUAAUCGGCUCCUGACUUUCCUCCUCACGACCGCUACUUCUGUCUUGUUGUUCACAUUAGGGUAUUACUACAUUGACAAUAAGAGACAAGACAGUCAACUGAUUGGCACCAUCAAUUCAUUGCAAAGGGAUCUACUUUUUUCUAAUAAGGAGGGUGAAAUACUAAAAGAAGAACUUUCAACAACUAAAACAAAAUUGGCUGGUAUUGAAGAUAAUUCCUUUGGAAUGGAUGACAUGGUACAGUCUCUUAAAGAAGAAAUAAAUGAAUUGAAAGCUCAAAAUGAAAGACUUAGAAACUCUCUGGAUGAUAAUGAAAAAUUGCUAAGGGUAUCUGAGAAUACUGCAGGUGAAUUACAAACUACACUGAGUGAAGUUGAAAAUACUCUUAGUGAACUCUUAUCUGAGAGAAACAGUUCUGAAGACCACAUUGCUGCCUUAAAUGGUAAAAUUGAAGCCUUUGAAGAAGAAUUAAUUACAAUCAGUCGUGACAGAGACAACUUCCAAUUGAAGUAUGUAUCAGCUGAAGCUGCUUUAGAGGAAUCAAAAAAACAAAAGAAAGUACUAGAAGAAUACACACAAAAAUUGUCAGAUGCAAAUAACACAAUUGAACUGCAGAAACAUGAAAUCACUGCACUUAAGGAUGCUUUGAACAAUUUGAAGAGUGGAGCUUCAUCCGAUAUUGAUAUUUCCUCACUCAUCGACCAUACUGAAAUCAAAGCCAAGUUAGCCAAAACUUUGGCAGAGAAAGAGAGCUUUGAAAAUAAGUAUCAGAGUGAGCACAAAGAGCGUAGUCGUCUCGCUAAAGAGCUGGAGACAACUCAACUGUCUUUGGUUACUACUAGUCAGCAAGCCACAGAAGCUACUACGAGGUUGGAGGUUCUUGGAAAAUAUUUCCAAGAAAGGGAAAAUGAACUAGUAAAAGAACUCAACAGCAAAGAAUCACUAUGGCUCAGCAAACAAGGCGAAUCAGCUAGCACCGUAGAAAAAAUAGAACUUCUGCAACAAGAAGUACAGAGGUUUAAGGAGAAAUGUGACGCGUUAACAUUAGAAUUGGCGGAGCAGGAGUCUAUGCGUCGUACGGCCGUCGGUGAAGUGGAAGCUCGCGCUCACUCAGCGUGGUUGGAGGCUCGAGGCGCCCGCCGCGAGGCCGACGCAGCGAAGGACGAGGCCGCCACGCUUCGUCGCAAGCUCGCCUCACUGUCCGCAAACGGCGCUUCCUCCCCACAUCACAAAGUGGCGUCUCCAUUGGAGAGUGCUGAGAACACAGUUGUGCCACCGCCGUUGCCCAUCGCAUUUCUACCACCGCCCUUAUUGCCACCAUUACCACGACCGCCGCCGCUAGGAAGGCUACCAUCACCACACCCGCCUAGAUAUAGUGAUCGUCGUUACUCGCCUGAAAGCCGCUACUCGCCUGAGAGCCGCUACUCACCAGAGAGCCGCUACUCGCCGGAGAGAGAACGAUACUCAGCCGGCAGCCACUACUCGCCGCGCUCCCGACGCUCGCAAUACUCACCACGGUCCAGGCGGCGAUCCAGGGAUAGGUACGACGAAGGGCGAGGUUCGCGAACACGAAACGCGCCUCCUGACACCGAAACAGAGUAUAACUCAGAUAGUCCUACGCGAAAUCCUCGCCGUCGCCGCAGAUAUUCCAGGCAUUCUGGCCCUAGCUCAGCAUCAGGUUGCUCGACAGAAUCGGAUAAAUGAAAGUAACUCCACGUGGUGUAGGAUAUAAAUAAUGCAGUUUAAUGAUCUAAAGUGUACAUUAGAAUUGAAGCCAAACUCUAAUUUUGUUGGUGUUACAUAGCUUUUAACGAUUUGCAUCAAAAGUCGAGUUGUGGUGCAAAAGUAGAUGACAGUGUAAUAUUGGAGUGAAAUAAUAUAAAUCAUGUGAUGAUGAAAUAAUUGCUUAUGUCUCAAACAACGUUUUGUACUGUAAACAAGAUAGGGAACAAUUUAUGACUGAAUAUAUUAUUUGUAUAUCGAUAAAUAAAUGUCUUAUUCCAUAACAAAUACAUACAUAGGUUUUCAGUGUACUGAUUUCAUGUCAACAUAAUAUACAUAACGGCUAUAUUUUAGUGUUGACAUAACAUUAGUACAUUAAUUUGUACACAGAAUUUAUAUAUAUUAUAUAUAAUAUUUA